AUGCCGUCAAAGUACAAUUACCAGCCUUGUCGGGAAUUCAAUGUGGUCGUUCUCGGUGCAGGUGGCGUCGGGAAGAGCUGUCUGACUGCCCAAUUUGUUCACAAUGAGUGGAUUGAGAGCUAUGACCCCACAAUCGAGGACUCGUACAGGACGCAAAGGGCUGUUGAUGGUCGUCAAGUAAUGUUGGAGAUCCUCGACACAGCUGGGACGGAACAAUUCGUUGCCAUGCGAGAUCUCUACAUGAAAACUGGUCAGGGGUUCCUUCUAGUCUUUAGCAUUGCCUCGAGAACCUCGUUCGAGGAGCUGGUUAUGCUCCGCGACGAUAUUAUCCGGAUCAAAGACGACGAGGACAUCCCGAUUGUCAUUGUUGGGAACAAGGUCGACUUGGAGGAGAACCGGGCGGUCGACCGGGCCAAGGCUUUCUCCCUUUCCCAACGAUGGAACGCGCCCUAUUAUGAGGCUAGCGCCAGGACACGGACCAACGUCGACGAGGCCUUCAUUGACCUUUGCCGGCAAAUGUUGCGCAGGGACGACAGCCAAGACGACGCCCGCGACGACCCAUACCCUCUUCGAGGGGAUGAUCCGACGGCUAGGAGACGACGGAGGAGGAAGCGGAAGGAAAAGUGCACGAUUCUAUGA